AUGGGCGUCAUUGAACACGAAAUCGGACACGCACUUGGACUUUGGCACGAACAAAGUCGACCCGAUGCGUUGGGUUAUGUCACGAUAGAACGAGACUUCAUCCUACCCUCUUAUAUCUCUGAUUUCCUCCAACGUGACGAUGAAAUUGACACUCUCGGAAUACCAUAUGACUUGGGAUCAGUUAUGCAUUACGGUAGUACCGCAUUCAGUGUAGAUCAGAAGAGUAAAACAGUAGUCACUCGAGACUCAUUGUUUCAACAGACUAUUGGACAGAGAGAAAAGUUGUCGUUUUAUGAUGUGGCGACUAUCAAUACUGCUUAUUGUAAAGACGAAUGCAAAGCUGAAAAAACAAAAUGUGAAAACGGAGGCUAUAUGAGACCAUCCAAAUGUGCCGAAUGCUUAUGUCCCGAUGGUUUGGGAGGUGAUAAGUGUGAGAAGAAUGAAGACUCAAAAAACGCCGAGUGCGGAGGAAUUCUAGAACUUUCUGAUGACUGGAAGACUAUCGAAUCUCCGAAUUACCCUGAUCCAGGAUACGAGGCAGAUCAAAAAUGCUCGUGGCUGAUGAAGGCGCCAAAAGGAAAGCGUGUGGAGAUCGAAUUCAUUGAGGACUUCUCGUUUUUGUGCACCUCGACUUGUGUCGAUUUUGUGGAGCUCAAGAUUUCAGAUGACUUGAGGAAUACUGGAUUCAGAUUCUGUUGCUACGACAAACCGGAAAUCAGUUUUGUGUCUCAAAUCGAGACAGCUAUCGUCAUAUUCCGUUCCCAGUUAUCCACGGAUAUUGGGUUCAAAAUUCAAGUGAGAUCAACGGAUUCGGAGCCAAGGACUACAAUUGCACCAACUAUUAUUACCACUACAAUGGCCCCCGUCACCGUAGACACCCCAAAUGUGUGGGCAGACUGGGGCGAGUGGUCAAUGUGCUCCAGAACUUGUGGUGGUUGUGGAAUCCGGAGUCGUGUCAGAUCGUGUAGAUCGAAGAAGUGCGAGGGACGUCGACAAGAAUUCGGAACGUGCAAUUUGAAGGCGUGUCCGGUGGAUAAACAUUGUGCGAAGUUGUUGUCAAAUAAUCGGCUGUGCAACGGAAAAGUUUGUACGAAAAACGACAUAGCAAUAUCGUCCUGCGAUGCUCCCCAAUGUUGUCCACCAUUUGUGAAUGUCGAUGGAAUGUGUCAAUCGGAUCAGGAGAAUCAGCACGACGAGUUGUGGCUAUCCAUCUAA